AAUUCCAAAGACGGGAAGCUGCGAAAGCAAACACGUCCCUGCGAUCAGCCUGCCUUUACGACAAGAAUCCCACCCCUUCUCGCCCACCUCAAACGAUAAAACCAGAGAAAGAGACCUCUUUUUUUGGAUAGAUCCCACUAUCCAAUUCGGCUUAUCCCGUCUAACCGGUGUUUCUUCAAUCGGUUUUCUCUUCAAAAUCCGGUUUUUCUUGGGGAAGUUCGCUAUUUAGACGCUGUGUUUUCUUGGAUAUUUGAGUUAUCCCGCGAAAGAAUGUUUUUUUGUCCAUCUGGUGUUCAUUCCAUAAUCGAGUUUCUACGCUGAAGAUUGAGAUUUGGUGAUUGGGGUUUCUUUAUUGGAGUUUUAGACGUAUCGAUCUGGAUUUUUCUCCGUAACUGGGCUUUUAGGACUCAAUUUAACUUAUUUUUUCUGUGGGAGGUUACAUUAGGGUUUUGGAAUUUAGGGAAGAAUGAGAGGAAAGUUAUGGAUUUCGGUCUGGGUUCUGUUUCUCUGGGGCUCGUCUUUGGGGAGAUUUGUGGUGGAGAAAAAUAGCUUGAAGGUGACUUCACCUGAAUCGCUGAAAGGUAUCUAUGAGUGUGCUAUCGGGAAUUUUGGUGUUCCUCAGUAUGGUGGGACGAUGGUCGGGAUCGUGGUCUAUCCGAAGGCGAAUAGGAAAGCUUGCCAGAGUUUUGAUGAUUUUGACAUCUCCUUCAAACCUAAGCCUGGAGGGUUCCCCACUUUUCUUCUUGUGGACAGAGGAGAUUGCUUCUUUACAUCAAAGGCAUGGAAGGCACAGAAUGCAGGAGCUGCUGCAAUCCUUGUUGCUGAUGAUAAGGUAGAACCUUUAAUUACAAUGGACACACCUGGAGAAGAAAGCGGUGGGGCGGAUUAUCUUCAGAACAUCACAAUUCCUUCAGCGCUUAUUAGCAAAAGCUUUGGUGAUAACCUAAAGAAAGCACUUGAGAAUGGUGAUAUGGUUAGUGUCAAUUUAGAUUGGAGAGAGUCUUUACCCCAUCCUGAUGAGCGUGUGGAGUAUGAGUUUUGGACCAAUAGUAAUGAUGAAUGUGGCCCCAAAUGUGAUAGUCAAAUUGAAUUUGUAAAGAGCUUCAAAGGAGCGGCACAAGUACUGGAGAAAAAGGGCUAUACCCAGUUCACUCCACAUUACAUUACUUGGUACUGUCCUGAAGCUUUUAUCCUGAGCAAACAGUGCAAAUCGCAGUGCAUCAACCAUGGCAGAUAUUGUGCCCCUGAUCCAGAACAGGACUUCAGUAGAGGUUAUGAUGGGAAAGAUGUUGUGAUCCAAAACUUGCGCCAGGUCUGCGUAUUUAAGGUUGCUAAUGAAAGUGGGAAGCCUUGGCUAUGGUGGGACUAUGUGACUGACUUCUCGAUCAGGUGCCCAAUGAAGAAAAAGAAAUACACAAAGGAAUGUGCUGAAGAAGUAAUCCAAUCUCUGGGCAUUGAUCUCAAGAAGAUAAAUAAAUGUAUUGGAGAUCCUGAUGCAGACGAACAAAAUCCAGUGCUUAAAGCUGAACAAGAUGCCCAGAUUGGGAAAGAUUCUCGUGGGGAUGUCACCAUAUUACCAACUCUUGUCAUUAACAAUAGACAAUACAGAGGUAAGCUGGACAAGGGUGCCGUGCUUAAAGCAAUCUGUGCAGGUUUUCAGGAGACCACUGAGCCAGCUGUUUGUUUGAGUGAAGAUAUAGAAACAAAUGAGUGCUUGGAAAACAAUGGUGGAUGCUGGGAAGAUAAGGCUGCAAAUAUCACUGCUUGCAGGGAUACUUUUCGUGGAAGAGUAUGUCAGUGCCCUAUUGUGCAAGGUGUAAAGUUUGUUGGUGAUGGAUACACCCACUGUAAAGCUUCAGGAUCUGGACGGUGUGAAAUCGACAAUGGAGGCUGUUGGAAGAAAACCAAAGAUGGCAAGACAUACUCUGCCUGUGUAGAUGAUGGAUGCAAAUGCCCACCGGGCUUCAAGGGUGACGGGGUCAACACUUGUGAAGAUAUUGAUGAAUGCAAAGAAAAGAUUGCUUGUCAAUGUUCGGCAUGCAAAUGCAAGAACACAUGGGGAAGUUAUGACUGCAGCUGUAGUGGUGAUCGGUUGUACAUCAAAGAGCAUGACACAUGCAUAAGUAAAGAGGGAACCACAGAGGUUGGCUGGAGCUUUUUGUGGGUCAUUUUCUUUGGUCUGGCAGUAGCUGGAAUGGGAGCCUAUGCAGUCUACAAAUACAGAAUCCGGAGCUACAUGGAUUCAGAGAUACGUGCCAUCAUGGCUCAGUACAUGCCAUUGGACAAUCAAGGGGAGGCCUCCAAUCAUAUUCUUCAUGGGGACAUCUGAGUUGCGACAGCUUCUUGUGAGAAGCAGGAAAAGGAGAGAAAACAAAUGCUUGCCUGUCCCCCCAGGUGCUCGUUUAAUUGGAUUAUGUUUGUACUAACGGGGCUAGGUUUCCUUCAGGUUGGUAUUGUUGCUACUCCCUUGAUUAUGGGGAUUCUAGGCAGAUCCCGUGUAAAUUUGAAGUCCAUUUACGCCACCAUUUUAAUCUUUAAACUGAUAGUUUGGGCCUGUAAUGCUCUCUUGCUGUUGUAACUUUUGCUUUUACACCACAGAUCUACGUGAUGAAUAAUGUGAAUCUCCCCCACAUUAGAUUGUUAGACCAAACAAAUUUGAAUCUUAUGACGUUACCAGUGGGUGUUAUGGUUU